AGCUCAGUGAUAGAAGAGAUGCAUAUUGGAGUGCAUUUCCCAACGGGUUCAGACACACGCUCUCUAUUCUCUUCUCCAACCAAAAAUGGCUUCCAUAACUGAUUUCGAAUCCCAAGAAACCUAAUAAACUAACUCCCCAAAAACAAACAGCACCGCCACCACCAGAAGAAGAGAGCACCCAAAAAUCGAAUCAUUACAGAAACACUCUUAAGGAACCGAAGCCAUGUUGGGAAAAGUGGUUCUCUCCUUCGUCUUUGUGCUCCUUCUCCUAAUCUCAUCCGCAAUUUUCAUUGGCCACCCCGAUAUUCGAUCCCAUUUCGUCCUAAAAUCGCUUAAUCAACCGGUUCAAUGUGGACCCGAACCGCCUAUUCGGGUUUACAUGUACGAUCUUCCACGCCGCUUUAACGUUGGCAUGCUUAACAGCCAGAGCACGGAGGAGACUCCGGUAACCGCCAAGGACUUUCCGCCGUGGCCCGAUAACUCUGGCCUGAGGAAGCAGCACAGCGUCGAGUACUGGAUGAUGGGCUCGCUCCUCUACGAACGCGACGGCGACAGCGUUGAAGACAGCAGAGAUGCCGUUAGGGUUUCGGAUCCGGAACUCGCAGACGCGUUCUUCGUCCCGUUCUUCUCGUCGCUGAGUUUCAACACGCAUGGCCACACCAUGACGGAUCCGGAUACCGAGGUUGAUUUGAUGGAUAUUUUGAAGAAGUCGGAAUACUGGAAAAGGUCUGGAGGUAGAGACCAUGUAUUUCCCAUGACACACCCCAACGCCUUUAGGUUCCUCCGAGAUCAACUGAAUGAAUCUAUUCAAGUUGUUGUGGAUUUUGGCCGCUACCCCAAAAAAAUGUCUAAUUUGAACAAAGAUGUGGUGUCACCCUAUGUCCAUGUUGUAGAUUCUUAUACUGACGACGAUCUUCAAGAUCCAUAUGAGGCUCGUUCCACGUUGCUUUUCUUCCGAGGCCGGACUUUGCGGAAGGAUGAAGGCAUUAUCAGGGCAAAACUAGCAAAGGUGUUGGCUGGUAUUAAUGAUGUUCACUAUGAGCAAAGUUUUGCAACGGGAGAAAACAUAAAAGCGUCAGCUCAAGGGAUGCGUUCAUCAAAGUUCUGUUUGGAUCCAGCAGGAGACACACCAUCAUCUUGUCGUCUUUUUGAUGCAAUUGUCAGUCACUGUGUUCCUGUCAUUGUGAGUGAUCAAAUUGAACUCCCCUUUGAGGAUGAGAUUGACUACACCAAGUUCUCGGUUUUCUUCUCUUUCAAAGAGGCAUUGCAGCCUGGUUACAUGGUCAAUCAGCUUCGUCAAUUUCCAAAGGAGAAAUGGACCGAAAUGUGGAGGCAGCUCAAAAACAUCUCCCAUCAUUAUGAAUUCCAAUACCCUCCAAAGAAAGAAGAUGCUGUUAAUAUGUUGUGGAGACAGGUCAAGCACAAGAUUCCUGCAGUCAAACUUUCUGUUCAUAGAAGCCGAAGGUUAAAAGUCCCUGAUUGGUGGCGGAGGAGGAGAUGAUUCUUGGAUCUUUUUUUUUUUGCUGAUCUUGUAUAUUCGCUCUCUUCAGUUAUGGUGACUAUACCCCC